UUUCCUCCUAACCUCGAUUGCACUCUCAAUUACACGUUUCACACGUUCAUGAGGGCAAAUAAAUCGUAAUUACAGAGUAAGAAUGGAAUAAUAAUUAGUUUAAUUCUGACAAUGGAACCACCGGAUAAUUUACAAGAAUUGCAGACACGACUUGCAGCUGAAGAAUCGUGUCUGAAAAAAAGUCUCGAUCAAAUUGAGGAGCAGAUAAAUGUCCUUCAGAUCGAACAACUACAUUUAAUUGCGUUGCUAAAGAACAGCUCGAAAGAUUCAGCAAAAGGUGAGAAAUCAAAGACUGAAGAACCUGAAACUAAAGUUGAAGAGCUCGACCUCAGUGUUCCAUUCCACAUGGAAGUCUUCGUUGAAGAGGAAGAAGAUGAAGACGAUGAAGACAUGUAAAAACAAAAAAGUUCCCCCGAAGUUUCUCUAAUUAAAAAAAAACAAGAAAAUUUCCCUCUGGAAGAAGAUUUAUCAAAUGAUCGACAACCAGUGCUUCUGUACAGCUUUGCUUAUAAAUAAUUUAUAAACAAUUAA